AUGGCAAACACUACAAACCCGGCAAAAGAAGGGCGGAGCUCCACGAGUUCCGAGGACGACAACAUCAGUUCUGGUCCUACCUCCCUUCCCAUCACCCCUCCCGAGCUCGCUACUCCAAUCCCAAGAUCUGCUCCGAUUGAUAUCCCUGGAGCUCGUGCUCGUCGAGCUGCUAAUCGCGCCCACGAAGUCAUCAUCCGGAACACAGCUCCAACCCGUGCGGACUCCGAUUACUACCUUCUUCCGCGUCUCCCCUCUCGACCCUUGGAUACAACCAAGAUCAUAUAUUCCCUCCUUGCGGGUGCGUUGGCUGCGAUUGCCCCAAUCUCACGGCCUGUCACCCCUGAAUUUCCCGACGACAUUAUCAAAGAUCUCCUGUACAAAACACCUCCCAAGUUCCGAGCGCCUUUCUGUGGCGUCAUGAGCGUCCUUCUUACGACCGCGGGGUAUGAUCAUACCAUCCGCUUCUGGGAGGCCCUGUCUGGCAUUUGCUCCCGCACUAUCCAGCACCCUGAUUCGCAGGUAAACCGACUCUGCAUUACCCCCGACAAGAAAUAUCUCGCUGUUGCGGGUCACCACAAUGUCAAGCUGUUCGACGCCAAGUCGAGCAACCCAAAUCCUUUGAUGACUUUCGAGGGCCACACCGGUAACGUCACCGGUGUCGCAUUCCACUGCGAGGGCAAGUGGAUGGUCACCAGUUCUGAGGAUUGCUCCAUCAAAGUUUGGGAUGUCCGCAGCGGCAGCCUUCAGCGCGACUACAGACACGAUUUCCCCGUCAAUGACGUCGUCAUCCACCCCAAUCAGGCCGAGCUUAUCAGUGGUGAUCGCGGUGGCAUGGUUCGUGUUUGGGACCUCGGUGAAAGCAAGUGCAUUCACCAGCUGGAACCUGAGGAAAAUAGCUCUGUUACUAGCGUCAGCGUUGCGACUGAUGGAUCGUUGCUUUGUGCUGGCAGCAAAAAGGGAAAUGUCUACAUCUGGCGUAUGGUCCAGACUGAAGAAAAGGCAUCAAUGGUCCCAAUUGCCACAUUCCAAGCUCACAUGGACUACCUUAACCGCGUCCUCCUAUCCCCGGAUGUCAAGCACUUAGCCACCUGUUCCGCCGACCACACCGCUAAGGUCUGGAACCUUGACCCCGAGUACCCGCCUGCAAAGGCCGCUAUCAAGGCGCAUAAGGAGAAGCAGGAGAAGGAGAAGCAGGCCGGCUCGGCAGAGAACCAGAACGAGGCCGCCCCUGCUGAUGCGAAGAGCGCGGGUAACGACCUCCUCCGCAUCUUCGACCCGAACCGUCACCUGCUCCGCCUGACGGACAACGCGCCGCGAGAGGAGACCACGCAGCAGACCUUCGCUGCGCAGCCCGAUGGUCCGCCCAUCGACCCGGUCAACCACACUCUCUUCCUUGAGACUACCCUGGCUGGCCACCAGCGGUGGGUCUGGGACUGUGCUUUCUCGGCCGACUCGGCAUACCUGGUGACGGUGUCGAGCGACCACUACGCCCGCCUGUGGGAGCUCAGUACUGGCACUAUCAUCCGCCAGUACAGUGGCCACCACCGCGGCGCCGUGUGCGUGGCGCUCAACGACUACUCGGAGCCUCGCUGA